UUUCUCUAAUUGCGUCCGUCUUGAUACCGGUGCCAAUUGUGGCCCACAUUGGCCUAAGCUCUAACGGAGAAUAGAAGUAUCGCCCCGGCGGACAGUCGCGGUAGCCUUCUGGCUCGGAUAUUUAUCAUUUUCUGGAUUUAUACGCCACAGAGCUAUUCCGGGAUGCCUUCAAAUGUACAAGGAGGGAAAACCUUUGGACUGUUAAAGGAGCAGCAAAGGUCAAAAUUGGAAGAAAUAAACAAGGAAUACCUGGAAGACCAGAAAUACAGGGAUGAAGAGGACCUGGCUGACAAAUUGGAAGGUCUCAAAAAUAAAUAUGCUGAGUUUGACCUGAACGACCAAGGAGAAAUUGAUCUCAUGGGUCUAAAGCGGAUGAUGGAGAAGCUGGGGGUGCCCAAGACCCACUUGGAGUUAAAGAAAAUGAUUGUUGAGGUAACCGGCGGCAGCAGCAACACCAUCAACUACAGGGACUUUGUCAAGAUGAUGCUGGGCAAGCGUUCAGCUGUGCUCAAACUAGUCUUGGUAUUUGAGGACAAAGCCAACGGCACUCCCUGCAAACCAGACGGACCCCCCCCUAAGCGGGACAUUGCUAGCCUGCCUUAACUGAAGAUGUCAGCCUCUGGACUGCGAGUGAAGAAGAGGUGGUUGCGUGAAAUUGAGUCGUCUCUUAACGUGAGGAGUGUUGUAUUAGUGUGGGACCAGUGAUUGAGGAUGUAAUUUUGUAAUAUACGGUGCGUGUGCAAGGUGUCAUUUGGAAGACUGAGCCCACAACUCACUAAAUGAUGUUUGACUGUGAAUAUCAUUAUUCAUCGUUUUUCCUUUUAAUUGAAAUGUAGCAUUGGUAGUUGUAAUCUGCUUGAUAAAUUACUUUUUGUAGUAAGCAUUUCAUGGUUAAUUUACUCAAUUUUUUUAAGGGAAGACUCCAAAUUCCCCAGAGGUUGUUUUUCCUUCCUUGUUUCUUCGUUUCAGUUUUGAGACUCGUUCAUUUUAACGUUGCAAUAGUAGAACGCUUUUGGAGAGGCAUAAGGAGAAAAGAAGCAUUUUUCUCAACUCAUUUUUUGCACUGUCCUCAGUGGUCUUGGAUGGAUUCCUGCCAGGCUUAUCUUAGUCAGCGUCUCGCUUUAGAUCAGGUGCCAGAGAUAACAGGCCCGCCCUAUUUCCUCUUGGUCAGAGCCUUUUGAGCUGGAACACUGAUCUGGAGUCAGUAACUAGGUUGUCAUGGCCGCUUCAUUGUCUGAAAAACAUUUUUUGUAGAUGACUUCUUUGCUGUGUUUGUUACAUUCCCUCACUAGUUGACAGAAGAAUAGAUCAUGUUGACCGUGGGACUUUCAGUUUCAGUAUGUGGCUUAAAGAACAGCAACUCUGUUUUUAGAUCUGUAAGGUGAAGCACAUGUUAAUUUUGGAAGGAGUGUGAUUUACAGGCACACAAGCAUAACAAAUGUACAUAAUAUACUACACACAGUACAAUCAUAUCCUUUCCAAGUGCCUCAACAUGCAGAUACUGUAGAGCCAAAACACAGAUUAACAAAGGAAGUGCACAGAAGUGUUCAGUUCCUCUUAGCUUACUAAUUACAGGAAAAUGGGAAAUAAUGUUCUUUGUUAUGUCAGUUUUGGUGAUGUUUGUUGAAUUUUAUUGAUAUGGCGUUUCCAAUACAUUCUGAGUGAGUGAUGUUCACGAGUGGUGGAUUUUUUUUAAAUGUUGUUUUUUUCCCCUUUUCUUACCAUGACUUGUUUAUGUCACAGCAAGCGUUUAACUUGUUUGUUGGGUGAUUUGACUGUUCAGGUUACCAUAUAUUUCAUUAAUGUGUUAAUAGUUUGUGUUGGAUUCAGUUUUCUCCCUUGCGUUUCUUUACAUCAUCUCCCUCUCUGUUGAAGCGUUCAUUGUCCUGUGAAUUCUGUAAUUUGUGCCUCCGUGUUCCUGUAACUCACGCUACUCAUUGUGAAUUUGGCACUCGUAUUUUUAACCCACUUAACACAUGUUAAACUGUUAUUUUUUUUAGUCUGAUAGUUAUAUUACAUCUUUUAAUGUUGUUAAGAUGCACAUUGUUUGCAGACACCAAAGGAAUUAAAAAUAAUUCUUACACUUGCCUGUUAA